UAAAAGAAAUGAAAGAAAAGAAAAGAAAGGCAAAAAAAGAAAAGAACAGAAAAAAAUGAAGAGAAGUGUUAUGUCCUCGAUACUAGAAUUUUGUCACGGGGCGAUUCUCCAGAAUUUAUUGUUAUUGGAUCUGCUUUUCCCUUAUUGUGAUUCCUUGAGCAAUCUAUAGUGAGUUACAUGCAAGCUCAUCAAAGAGAGUUUGAAACCUUGGGGCUUGGGGCUUGGCGUCUGGUUUGCUGGUGUACCGGAGCAUAACCCAUCAUCCUGGACAUGGACUACGUUUUGGGACUGGAUGAUCAGAUUUCCCUAGGUUAUGACACACUAGUUGGCGAGCGUGGAGGACAGAGACAGAGAAUUGCUAUUGCCAGAGCUCUACUGAAAAAUGCACCAAUCUUGAUCCUUGAUGAAGCAACAAGUGCCCUGGAUGCAGUCAGUGAACGCCUCGUACAGGAAGCUCCGAACCAUCUAGUGAACGGCAGGACAACAUUAGUGAUUGCUCAUAGAUUAAGCACGGUUCAGAAUGCUCAUCAAAUUGCGGUUUGCUCUGCUGGAAGGAUUGUUGAACUGGGUACCCAUUUUGAUUUACUAGCUAUGAAAGGGAUUAGAUUUGAUGGGUCAAUGGCGGACAUGGGUGAAGCGGGGAAGAUGGAGAACGGUGAGAUGGUUGUGGAGACAAGCUUUACGCGUACCGUGGGUUGGGAGCAUCAAGGAAGCUUUGGAGGAGUUGAAGCUCAAUCCUCUCCAUCUUCUCAUGGGAUGAUAAGAUUUCGGGUGCACCUCAUUAUGCAUAUAGAGUUGACUGUUGACGGUCAUCCCUCCUCGCUCGUGCAGCUUAUAGUCAUCCUCAUGCAACCUGUAUUACUUGCUCUUAUAAAUAAUUUGGUUAUGGUAGAAGAUCAUCGGGCAUCGCACUUCCAAAUCUCUGCCCACUGUGAGUCUUUAUAAUCCUUUAAUUUUCAAUUUUUGAUUGUAUUUAUUUCUUAUUUGUUCAUUUUUACAUGGUAUUGUAGAAUUAUAUUGCACAUGC